AGGGACCGGGGGACUCGGGAGGACGGCGUCGCCCGAGAGGCUGCCGCAGCCCUGGGCCGUGUGAAGUCCGAGCCCCUCGGUCCUUCGGCCACAGCAGCGGUUCUGGGAAGUCCUGAGUGCUGCGGGGGGGCCAGGGGUGCUGACCCCUGGAAAGAGAGGCCCUAAGCCCCUUGCCUGCCCUUGAAUCCCUCCACAACGGGAGGUCCACCUGCUGUAAGGGGGGCCAAGGGGUCUGCUUUAAAGCAGGCAUUGGCCGGUUCCCUGCGUACACCUCCCACAUUCCCAGUGCUGCUGAGGGAUGGGAAGGGUGGCUGGCAAGGCAGGAGCCCAUUCCUUAGAAGGGUAGAGGAUACCUGUCUCUCAAGGAGAACAAGAGAUGGGUGAACUUAGUAGCUGAGAAGGGAGGUGGGCAGAGGAAGCUGGACAGUCAGGGCAGCAGUGUCCGGAUGGCCCCCCAGGGGGAGUAGGCUUAGAAGAGAGUCUGGUCUGGCUCCAGGGUAGCUCCCUGUACAGGAGGGGAGGUCUUGCUCCAGGCGGGCAGCAUUACUAGGUGGGCCUUGAUGCAGACGUUAUGGCCACUGGACUGCUGGACAGAUGGCUGACUUGGCUGCCCUGGCCAUACCCAGAAGUCUGGUGGCACAGAGGAGGUGGGUGAGCAGCCCCCCUACAGGGCUAACCCUGACCUGGCCCUGCCCACCUGCAGCCCAGAGGCAGAGCGAGCGCGGCCCAGGCAGGCCCGGCCCGCAGCCCCCAUGGAAGGUGCCAUGCAGCUACUGAGCCGCGAGGGCCACAGUGUGGCCCACAACUCCAAGCGGCACUACCAUGAUGCCUUCGUAGCCAUGAGCCGAAUGCGGCAGCGUGGCCUCCUGUGUGACAUCGUCCUGCAUGUGGCCGCCAAGGAGAUCCGUGCACACAAGGUGGUGCUGGCCUCCUGUAGCCCCUACUUCCACGCCAUGUUCACAAAUGAGAUGAGUGAGAGCCGCCAGACUCAUGUGACACUGCAUGACAUUGACCCUCAGGCCUUGGACCAACUGGUGCAGUUUGCGUACACCGCUGAGAUUGUAGUAGGCGAGGGCAACGUACAGACGCUGCUCCCAGCUGCCAGCCUGCUGCAGCUGAACGGCGUCCGGGAUGCCUGCUGCAAGUUCCUGCUGAGUCAGCUGGACCCCUCCAACUGCCUGGGCAUCCGGGGCUUUGCCGAUACGCACUCGUGCAGUGACCUGCUCAAGGCAGCACACAGGUAUGUGCUGCAGCACUUUGUGGACGUGGCCAAGACCGAGGAGUUCAUGCUGUUGCCGCUGAAGCAGGUGCUGGAAUUGGUCUCUAGUGACAGCCUGAAUGUACCUUCAGAAGAAGAUGUCUACCGUGCUGUCCUGAGCUGGGUCAAACAUGACGUGGACACUCGGAGGCAGCACGUUCCAAGAGGACACCAUGGGGGCAGUGCAGGCAUCUGUCUCAAGAACCCAUCGUACAGGUGGUACAGGCAUCUGAGCCAGGGUCUCAGCCCUGGGGCAAGUGUGCCUGAGGGUCCCCUGACCCUGGCACUCCUGCCCCAGCUGAUGAAGUGUGUGCGGCUGCCCUUGCUGAGCCGCGACUUCCUGCUGGGCCACGUGGAUGCUGAGAGCCUGGUGAGGCAUCACCCUGACUGCAAGGAUCUGCUCAUUGAGGCCCUCAAGUUCCACCUGCUGCCCGAGCAGAGAGGUGUACUGGGUACCAGCCGCACACGGCCCCGGCGCUGUGAGGGUGCCGGCCCUGUGCUCUUUGCCGUGGGUGGCGGGAGUCUUUUUGCCAUCCAUGGGGACUGUGAAGCAUAUGACACUCGAACUGACCGCUGGCACGUAGUAGCUUCCAUGUCCACACGCCGGGCCCGAGUGGGAGUGGCUGCUGUAGGAAACCGGCUGUAUGCUGUGGGCGGCUAUGAUGGGACCUCAGACCUGGCUACUGUGGAAUCGUAUGACCCUGUGACCAACACAUGGCAACCUGAGGUGUCCAUGGGCACGAGGCGCAGCUGCCUGGGUGUAGCUGCCCUGCAUGGGCUCCUGUACGCAGCUGGCGGCUACGAUGGGGCCUCCUGUCUCAACAGCGCUGAACGCUAUGACCCCCUGACGGGAACAUGGACAUCCAUCGCUGCCAUGAGCACCCGGAGGCGAUAUGUGCGCGUGGCCACACUCGAUGGGAACCUGUACGCUGUGGGUGGAUAUGACAGCUCUUCACACCUGGCCACUGUGGAGAAGUAUGAGCCCCAGGUGAAUGCAUGGACCCCGGUGGCCUCCAUGCUGAGCCGGCGCAGCUCUGCAGGUGUGGCGGUGCUGGAGGGCGCCCUGUAUGUGGCCGGGGGCAAUGAUGGCACCAGCUGCCUCAACUCAGUGGAGAGAUACAGCCCCAAGGCCGGCGCCUGGGAGAGCGUGGCACCCAUGAACAUUCGCAGGAGCACACAUGACCUGGUGGCCAUGGACGGCUGGCUGUAUGCUGUGGGCGGCAACGAUGGCAGCUCCAGCCUCAACUCCAUCGAGAAGUACAACCCAAGGACCAACAAGUGGGUAGCUGCCUCCUGCAUGUUCACACGGCGCAGCAGUGUGGGCGUGGCCGUGCUGGAGCUGCUCAACUUUCCGCCACCGUCCUCGCCCACGCUGUCUGUGUCUUCCACCAGCCUCUGACACACAGCACCGACCACAGAGAGGCCCCGCGGCCUCCCACAUGCCUUAAGCCCCUCGGGUCGACCCCAGCACCUCCCUCUCCUCAGCCAUGUGUCAGGGGCUGGACGUGGCCCCACCAGAGACGUCCUGCACCGUCUCUCCACGUCUCUGUUCACUCCUUGUUCCUUUAUGUGUGCUGUUUAUUUAUUUACUCACCUAUUUAUUAACUCAUUACUUAUUGAUGGAUGAGCACCGCUGCAGUUACCAAUUCAUAUGUUUACUCUCAAAGCGUGGGCACUUGUGUGCACAGGGGACCAAGUUUCCCUGCGAGUGUCCUCCACCCAGUUCCUUGUUCCAGGCAGUGAGGGGUGAUAGGGUGGCCACUCGCUGCAGGGAGGUCAGUGGCCCAAUGGUACUUUAUAGACCCUGGGUCAGGAGCAGCAUAAUAACCAGAGUUGGUGGAGCCAGAGCAGGGCAGGGAUUUUUAAGCAGGUGCAGACAGGUAGUCUGAACUUUGCACACUGUCCUUACCUGGCCCAGCCAGGGCUGUCCCCAGGAAGGGCACGAAGCAGGCUCCCUUCCUGCAUCCUGUGUCUGCAGUGUGGUGUCUUUUCUGGAUCUCACAUGGGGCUGGGGCACAUGCACUCAGACCCUACUCAGCAAUAUGAGCCAUCUUGAACAAUAAACAUGUUUUUUGGGCUCCCUGAGCCAGAGA